ACUUAUAAGAUUAUUAAGAAUGUUGAGAAAUUGGAUUGAGGCACAGCAAGAUGGAUCUAUCAUACGCCCAAGUCACGAGAUCUGUUUUCAUGUUUCCAACUCUCGUAUUCUGUUGGGUCUUGUAUUGUGCUGUCAGUCGCUUGUUCUUCCAUCCACUUAAUGGCUACCCCGGACCAUUACUCUCACGGUUGUCUAGCUUACCGGUCCUCUACCAUGCUUGGAAGGGGGAUCUUCAUUACCACCUUUUUCGAUUACAUCUCAAACAUGGUAUUGUACCUUCGAACGAUAACAAUGUUCUUUCUAGUGCUAACUAUUUUACAGGCAAAUACGUACGCUACGCGCCAAACAAAUUGUCCAUCAACGACUCUGACGCUGUGAAUGAAAUAUAUGGCUUCAACAAGAAUACGGCGAAGCCAGAAGAGGCAUAUGCAGCAUUCCGUGUGAACAAAUAUGCCAUCAACACGUUCAACACAAGUUCUAAAGAGGCCCAUAGACGAAAGCGCCGUAUUAUGGCGAAGGGUUUCUCGGAUGUGGCACUUGCGACCUACGAGGAAUCUAUUUCUCAGCCUGUGGAUGAAUUGAUCUCAAAAUUAAUGAGAGGAAAUACAAAAUCAAACACCGCCCAGACAGUAACAUCGGAUCAGAAAUGUGUUUUCAACUGGGCUUAUGAAGCUAAUUGUCUAAUGCUGGAUAUAAUGGGACAUCUCUGUUUCGGUGCUGCAUUUGGCUUUAUUGGCGGAAAAGGGGAAAAACUUGUCAAGAGUUUCCACCAACGUGCCGUUCGUGUCUACAUGACAUCACAGGUGCCACUUUUCAAAAAGCUAUACAUAGACCGGAUUUUGUUCCCACAAAUGGCCAAGGCAAACACCGCGCUUGCGGACUAUGCGCGUUCAUACACUGUACAACGUGCCCAUCAACAUCGCGAGGAGACUAACAGGAUCGAUAAAACGGAGAUAUAUUCCCAUGUCAAGUUAGGCAACAAUAACACCAGCUCUGAUAUCAUGCAUCAUUUGCUCAAUGCUCACGAUGAAGAGACAACCUCGGUAUACAGCGACAACGAGCUCCUCGGUGAAGCGAUUCUCCUCAUGAUGGCUGGCUCCGACACCACAUCGACCGCUUUGACAGCCACACUCUUUUACCUCUUCCACAACCCCCACGCUCUGCAAAGUCUCCGCUCCGAGCUUGCUCACACCUUCUCAUCCAGCACCUCUAUUCGCGUCCUCGAUGUUGAGAAUUGCAAAUACCUGCGUGCAUGCAUUGACGAGGCGAUGCGCUUGUGUCCACCUGCUCCGACGGCCCUUCCGCGUGUUGUUUGCGAGGGCGGCAUCGAGGUAUUAGGAAUACAUUUCCCAGGGGGUGUAUGCUUGGGGGUAUCGAAUUUCGCACUAUUUCGCAACGAGCUUUACUUCAAGGAGCCGCAUAGGUUCAUGCCCGAGAGAUGGUUGGAUAAUGACGAGGAAAGUCAGAGCCUAGCUCGAAUGGCUUUCAAACCGUUUUCGGUAGGUCCAAGACAUUGCAUUGGACAACGGUUAGCGAUUCAGGAGAUGGCGUAUAUUGUUGCAAAGAUAGUGUAUCAUUUUGAGUUUGAGGUCGUGGGGACUGAUAGUGAAUAUAAAGGAUUAGGAGUGGAUGAAAAUGUGGUCAUGGAGCAAUUCGAUGUAUUUACGAGUCUGGAGCGUGGACCUGAGAUAAGUUUCUGGGCCAGGUGAAAGGUAAUAUUUUUGUAGCCUUGAAAUUUAGUCGGUCUGUUCAACCUUACACAGUCAAUGCGACGACAUGUUAUAUCGCUCGUAUCACCAUUUCAAAUUCGCGACAUGAUGGUUCGCCCAUCGCGCACGUGAGACUGUCGACGUUCGUAGCAUCAGCUUUAUAUACACGGAGUAGGCUUGCUUUAUAAGUCGACAAAUA